GCCGCCGGAAGUGGGCGUGGCGUCCUUCUCUGGGCUCCAGUGGUCGCCAUGACAACCCUGCGUUGUAGUAGCGGAGAGGCGUAGAGCGAAAGCUGGGAGCCGGGAGCCUGAGGAGUCGUUGUCUAUGUCAGAUCUGCACCUGCGGGCGACAUCGUUGUCCGCGUGGAACCACAAGGAUUUAUGAAAAUUCUGGAAUGUACUGGCCCACAACUGAAUAUUCAGAAAAAUACCCCAUGUAUGGCAAAGUUCUUCCACCAUGGAGUCUUAAACCCAAGCAAGAAAUUCGAGCAUGUUGUGGUAAAAUGGAAGGAAUAACUACAUUUAAGUCAGAUUAUCGUCCUUAUGAGCUAGUAAGACAACCUCGCCACAUACCAGAAGAAUAUAAACCAAAACAAGGGAAGAUUGAUUUUGACACUACCUACAAACAAGACUUUAAUUCUUACAAAGUGCAGCCUGUGGUGAUACUUCGGCCUUUGGAAAGGCAACAAGUUAAAAAAGGAAAGCUUGACACUAUCCCAACCUAUAAAGAUGAUUAUAGAUCUUGGGACAUUCAAAAAAGUGAAUCUUGUAAACCAGAACAAACUUACCAUCCCCCAACUGUGAAAUUUGGAAACUCAACUACAUUUCAGGAUGACUAUGUUCCUCGGGAGACAAAGCCCAGAGAAAGCUUUAAGCCUUCUUCUGUGCCCAGACAUUCCACAGCCCCUUUUGAUGGUGAUACAAGUCAUCGCCUUGACUAUAUACCUCAUCAGCUAGAAGUCAAGUUUGCAAGGCCAAAAGAAGUUUACAAACCAACUAACCUCCCUUUUGAAAAUCUCACCACUCAUCGAAAUGACUUUCAAGGUCUUAUUGGUGAAACUGCAAAAAUCUGCAGACCAUCCUACACCAGAGUGACCCACAAUGGUCACUUUGAAGGAAGCACUGAAUUCCGUGAAAGUUUCCAACCAUGGGAAAUCCCACCACCUGAAGUCAAGAAGGCACCAGAGUACGUGCCCCCUACAGGAAGCAUGCAGUUACACAGCACAAGCCAUCUUGACUAUGUUCCUUAUCAGGCCAGCCGUGUUGUUCCCAUCAGGCCAAUUUCUCACAGAAAAAAUAAUUUUCCUUUCCAAGGAAAAAGCACCAUGAAGGAAGAUUUUCCAGCAUGGGAAACUUGUCGUCCAGGACUUAUUAAGCAAGAGCAGCAGAUUCCCAACCCAUCUGGAAAAUUUGAUGGUUUAAGCACUUCCAGAUCUCACUAUGUGCCACAUGAAUUGAUUCCAACCAAGAGCUGCAAACCUUUACAUGCUGCACUGAAGAGUUCUGUUCCAUUUGAUGAUGUCACCAUGUACACCAUAGAGUAUGCUCCAAAGAGACAGGAAAUCUGUCCAGCUAGUUAUCCUACUCCUCCAGGUUAUACAUUUGAAAAUACAAAUUUCCAAGGUCAUAAAUUCUUCCGCAAGAUCACUCCAGCAGUGAAGGCUUUCUAAUCAUCAAAUCAUGUUUGAAAGGAAGCUAACAAAGCAUUGGUUUCCAAAAGAAAUCUCAAAUAGUGAAAAAAAUAGGAGAGAUAUAUUUAGCAUUUUAAACUAAAUUGUAAAAUGUAUUAGAGAUCAGAAUUUAAAAUUGAUUUGGUAUUGAUAUCUUCAUCAAGAUUGUUUUUAAUGUGUAUUUCUGAAAAUUAUAUAUUCCUAUCUGAAAUAUUUUAAUACUUAACAUAUUGUUUGACAUCUUUGAUAAUGUACUCUUAAUCUAUUACCAUUUAUACUUUUGUUUAUAAUUAUGGUAAGUGUAUGAUUACCAGUUGUCAUUUAUCAAGCACAUUGGGGCUAUCUGGAGUAACACUGAAAACAAUACAAGUUCCUUUUCCAUGGUGAGAGGGGCUUGUUUUCCUAGGACUGCAGGUCACCUGUAGUGAUUUAUUUGAAGCUGCUGCUCCUCCCCAGUUUAUAGAGGUACUGCAUGUUGCCAAGGAGAAGCUCUACGCUGGGAAACAGUGGAUGGAAUUCAGGUUCCAGUACCAUGGGUUUCUGUUUGUGCCAUCUUCCAUAAGUGACUCCCAUCUGUGAGCCUCUGGGUCUUCGUGGGUAACAGGAUUCUUUUCCACAUUCCUCACACAGUGUUUGUUUUGAGUAUCAAAUCAAAUGAUGCACUUUAAUCCAUAAAAGCACAACUGUAAGAGACUGUUAAUAAUCACUCAAUAACUUUUUGUACCUUAUUUGUCCUUUCAAUUUAGGGUAAUUUUAUUUAGGAAGUCUGACAGCUCUGAAGAAGUCUUCAGAGUAAAUUGGGUGACUGUGCUACACCUGGAUUCACUGUUCAAAAGUAGACCUAGGCCCAGUAUGGGACACAAUCAACCCACUCACCACUUGCAGCAAAAGGGUAAAUGCUAAAAUGGGAGGAAAGGAGAGAAGCAGCGGUGACAGAUUACACUUUGAAAGGCUGGCAAUUUCCUAAGGAAUUACACUGUUAUUGGGAGUUUUUAUAAAUAGUGGCUGCUUUAUGGAAGAAUACAUACAGUUUAUUUUAGCAUAAAGUGAACUUUAGUCUUAUAGCUUUAUGAUUAUUUCAAUAUAUAUACUUUAUCAAUAAUAAAUUAAUAAAUAUUUGGUUAACAUUUCUGAUUGUUUGAAAGUAAUUUGUCUCUACAUUUACAUUUAUUAGCUUUAUGUUUAUAUUUAUAUGCAUUAUUAAUAAAAUAUCAAUAAAAA